UCGCUUGACUGGUGAUGAAGGCAAAGAAUUCACUGCAAAUGUCAAAAGACACUUUCCUCGGCUUUGCAAAGUGUUUAAGGCACACAUUUCUAGUCCAAACUCAGAGCUCAGUAAUGCAGCAUUACAGGCGUUAGGAUUCUGCGUUUUUAAUUCAAAUAUUACAGCUGAAUUAUCUGCAACUGAAAUGAGAGACUUGCUUUUAAUGGUGAACAGUGUUGCUGUAAAAACUUCGGACAAAAACACUCGCACUCGGGCACUUUGGGUGAUCUCCAAGCAGACUUUUCCUUCAGAAAUUGUAAAGAAGGAGGUUUCCAGUAUUAUUUCUACCCUGGAAGCAGUACUUACUAAAGGAGAUGUACAGUCUAUGGUGGUUGAAUACGAAGCACUAAAUGUUAUUAUACGCUUAAUGGAGCAAACGCCAGCCCAGAUGGGAGAAGAGGCUGUGAGGUGGGCAAAACUGAUCAUCCCUCUGGUCGUCCAUUCAGCUCAUAAGGUGCAGUUACGAGGUGCCACUGCCCUGGAGAUGGGCAUGCCACUGCUCCUCCAGAAACAGCAGGAGGUAGCGGCUGUCACUGAGCACCUGAUGACCACAAAAUUAAUUUCAGAACUUCAGAAAUUGUUUUCUACAAAAAAUGAGACUUACGUGUUAAAAUUAUGGCCGCUGUUUGUCAAAUUACUUGGAAAGACUCUGCAUCGUAGUGGCAGUUUUAUCAACUCAUUGCUGCAGCUGGAGGAACUUGGAUUCCGUAGUGGCUCACCAGUGGUAAAGAAAAUAGCCUUCAUUGCAUGGAAGAGUCUAAUAGAUAAUUUUGCUCUAAAUCCAGAUAUAUUGUGCAGUGCUAAAAGGCUGAAAUUGCUAAUGCAGCCACUGAGCUCGAUCCACGUGAGAACAGAGGCUUUGGCACUGACGAAACUGGAGGUCUGGUGGUAUUUACUGAUGAGGCUGGGACCUCAGCUGCCUGCCAACUUUGAACAGGUUUGUGUGCCAUUAAUCCACAGUACUUUAAGUCUGGAUUCUCCUGCUGCAUUGCAAGGAACUCCCUCGCGGGUACCAGCCAACCAGAGCUUAGCCUCGGCCACCCCCGCGCACAAAUCGGGUCCUUACCCGUUUGCAAGUCCAGUCACACCGAGGAUGAACUUGAAUUCUAGCACAGCAGGGGUGGUGGUGAUUCCUUCCAUCCAGCUUUUGGGAAUUGAAAUGCUGCUUCACUUCUUGAUGGGACCAGAAGUUUUAGAUUUUGCUAAGCAAAACAAACUUGUACUUAGUUUAGAGCCUCUCCAGUACGCACUGAUCAGUAGCCCUUCUUUUUUUUGCAAGCAUGCCGGCACGCUUAUAAAAGCAGUUCAGGAUGGCUUUAUUGCAAUUGGAAAAGAAGUUCCUGAUUGUAUGCUGAAUGUUAUAUGGAAGGGCAUAAAUGGAUAUGUGAAAACAGCUAUUGAAUCAGGAAAUAAGAAAGAAAAGCAAGGGUCAGAAAUACUGACAAUGUUGCUCCAGGCCUUAAAAACCACUGUUCGAUCAAAUUCUCUUCCUGUGCAGAAAGUACUGUCCCUCCUUGAUAUUACUGUAAAGGAGUUGCCUCCAAAAGUAUUGGGAUCACCAGCCUACCAGGUUGCUGAUAUGGAUCUUUUAAAUGGAACACCAGCUUUGUUCUUAAUUCAGCUGCCUUUCCACAACAACCUCUUGGAAUGCUGCGUAACAGAUGAGAGAUUCUUUGUAAUUCUGGAAACGCUCGUGGGUUAUGUUUUGUCUGGGCCUACAUCUCCACUGGCUUUCAGUGAGUCUGUGAUCUGCAUUAUUAAUCAGAGUGCAAAGCAAGUGGAAAAUAAGGAGCAUCUUUGGAGAAUGUGGAGUAUUGUUGUUAAUCCUCUAACCGAAUGGAUUAAUCGGACUAACGAAGUAAAUCAGGGUGAUGCACUGGAACACAACUUCAGUGCUGUUUAUAGUGCAUUGCUGCUGCCAGUAUCGCACAUCUUCCCCGUUCAGGAGUUUCCACAGCCAACUAUGAAAUCCUUGUUGCGCACUUGGUCAGACCUGUAUAGAGCAUUUGCUCGCUGCGCUGCUUUAGUUGCAACAGCAGAAGAAAACCUAUGCUGUGAAGAACUUUGUGCCAAAAUACUGUCUGGGCUAGAAGGUGAAACUCCAGUAAUGUUUUCAAUGAUGGACAGUCUCACCCAUAUUGUAUCAGUUAUGGUUGACUGCAUCAACUUUGCACCGUACGGUACUAAAUAUCAGCCAAAAACUAGAUCUCCACAGACACCUACAGAUUGGUCUAAGAAGAAAAAGGAACCCCUUGGAAAGCUUGCCUCUCUGUUUAAACUCCUGGUGACGUUACUAAACUCUUUCCAUGUGUUCAGUUCCAAAGAAAUCUGUUCAGAAACAUUGGUCUCUGUUGGUCCUUCAGUUAUUGCUAUUCUCCACAACAUCAUCAGCCACGUUUCAUUGCCUUCAGUGAUUGGGACUAUGUUUGCGAUUUUUUCAAAACCCCUGGCAGUGUUUUAUGAAAGAACAAAGCUUGCUGAUGUGCCUAAAGUAUACAGUAAUCUUAACAACAAGCUUGAGAAGCUACUGGCCGAGAUGAUCCUGUGUUUGCAGUCUCACUGCACCGGCUCUUACGACAGCGAACUGCUGGAGCGGCUUUCUCCGUUGCUCUGCGUCUUAUUUCAGCAUAAGAGCAAACAGAUCCGCAACCAGUGUGCCCACUUCUGGAACUCCACGUUCGCCAAGACCCCGUCGUUAACGUACCCUGAGGAGCUGAGGUCUGUGUUAAGCCAAGCCAAAAAGAAAAUCCCGCUCUUGCUGCCUGGUUUUGAAAGCAUCGAGAUGGCUGAAGACUACAGCGGCCCGUUCUCUGACGCGAUGGAAAAUUCACAGCUGGAUGCGAAGAUAAGUGGGAUGGAAGUAAAGUUGGGCCAAACCCGAGACUCUCUAUUGUCACAGCCAAGUGAACUAAAAAAUGACGUAAAAGACAAGUCCAGUAAUGUGCAGGUACCAUCAGCAAAGUUGAAGCUAGACUUUGCAUCUUCAAAGACUAAAAGCGAGGUGCUUCUGGAAGAGGAGAAAUCUGUUGAUUUUGUGUUCAUUCCUCCAGAAGCAAAAGAAAGAAUAUUGACGGAGCAUCAAAAAGAAGUGCUUAGGUCAAAGAGAGUUGGCAUCCCUGUGAUGUACAACAACUUGGACACGUCACAAGAUACUGUCUUAUUUUCUCAGUAUACUCAGAGCCAGGAAGAUUCUUUGGAAAAACCAUCUUUAGUAGAAAAUGCAGAAGAAGAUACUAAAAACGAGCCUCAGGAAGAAAAUGCAAAGAGUGAAGGAUGCACCAAGGAAUUGGGUGAAACCCCAGAGGACUGCAGAUCAGAUAAUAAUGUUGAGGACGCUGCCUGUGGGAAGAAGCCGCCUGUUACUUGCAUAGAGGAGAGCUCAAGUUUGAACACAGAGGGAGAGUCAAAAAGAGAUAGUCUGGGGGAGCCGUCGGUUGGAGAGGGCUUAGAAAAAAGUGCUGUGGAAACGGCUCCAAAGGAGCCCUCGGUGGGGAACGAAAACACCUCAAAUGUGAGCAGCAGCUCGGCUUCGAGUGACGUCAUUUCCGGAACGCCGCAGCCCGCGAGCCGACGGCAGUCCUUUAUCACUUUGGAGAAAUUCGGCAGUUCGGAGCACAGACCCUGUGGCCUUUCGGCGCUGAACGGUUCGUCAGACGUGUCCGGAGGCGCUUCUGCGGGAGGUAAACAGGAGAAUACAAACAGGUGCCAGACUAGUGCUAAACCAGAAAAAUCGGGAGAAGAUCAAAAGCUCUCAAAAUCUGAGUCCGAGCAGCUCUGUACCGCGCUGCGAAGGCUGACUCGCAGGCAGAGCAAAAUGGAGCACCAAGGCAACAAACAUUCCAGGCUCUUGCUGAGGUCAGACCAGGACAGAAGUGGACAGGAGUCUUUUGCUUCCAACAGCAUGGGGUAUGAUCCUGAACUGUGCCCCACAGUGGAAGCCAUGGAGCAUGUUCUCCUUGCUCAGUCCCAAGCCCUCUAUUCUACGGAAGUGGAUAUUAAAAAAGCUGAAGAUUCAAUAGCAGAAAUGGAAAAAAAACAGGUGUCAGAUACGGAUUCUAAAGAAAAUACACCCCCAGAGGCGACGGGAGCGCCUGAUCAGGCAGCAGGGGAUGAUAGUCAGGUUCCACACGCGUCUCCACAUGCGUCUCCUAACCCGAAAAUCCCAAGACGUUCUUUAAGACGACGGUUGGAAACUAUAGAAGGUACGGCAGAUAAGGAAGAUGGCCACCAAAAGAGGGAAAGGCGUAAAGAAGACGAAAAACUAGGGCAAAGGAAGGCACCGCAGACUAAAGACGACGUAUCCCAAAAGCAGAAGGCAGUUUCUGGGAAAAGUACAGAGCAUACAAAUAAAAAAGAAAGCGGCCCGCCUGAGAGAGCGGCGGCGGAGGACUCGAGCUCAAAGGAGCCUCCGGCCGCGAGGGGCCUUGAGGAGGAGGAAGCGAACAAAAGCGCUAGGAGGUCAGAAAACAACCUGAAGGCCGACAUGGAAGGUCAGGACUGUGGCUCGAGUACAGUGGGCCAGAAGAUGAUGGAACGCCUGCGGUACUACACCAGGAGAGCUUCUCAAGGAUUGCUUGCCAGCAUAGAAAAUUCAGAGGCCGAUGGCUCUGAGACCAAGGAGGAAAGCACGAGGAAGAAAAAAUCUGCAAAAGUGAAAAAAAGAAGUGAUUCUCUUGAAGGUAAAUUGAAAGAUCUACAUCCAGGAAGCUGUAGCCACGAGGUGUCUUCCCAAGGAAAGGAAACGAAGAAUCCGUUGGAAGCAAAUCAAGGUGAACUGAGCCGUGAGGUCAGCACAGAUGCUGCGUUGACAUCUGAACCGUGUGACCUGAAAAACCAAGUCGUUCCUGCGGACGCUAGCCAAGCCCUGGGAUCUGCCGGCUCGGAGAAUCCACCUGAUGCCCAGAGCACCAGCGUGGAGCCAAACAAGAGCGGUGCGUUGGUGGACUCGCUCACCGACCCAUCAGUCAGCGUAUCUGAUGGAGGUUUGAAAGCUGCAGAGGAGAAGAAACACGUCGAGAAGCAAACAGCCGUAGAAGACUGUUGUUCAGCUGUUCUGCCCGAGCACGUACCAGGAGCAGAUGCCUCGGGUGAUCCCUCCUCUUUGCAAAUACCCGAGUGUCAGCACAAAAGAAGCAGAAGGAUUAAAAGACUGAAGAACUGUGAUUGCUGCUGUAAAAAGUCGAAGCAGCAAGUCAUGUCAUUCAGCGAGUCAAAACCUGAACUGAACGAGCCCGGAACCACCCCAGUUCAGGCGUUCGUGGGUACAGCGGAGGUGUCUGGUAAUUCAAAUUUUGACGAGAGCUUGUCCAUGGCACCUUGCGCCAUGAGCACUCCAGUGCACCCUCCUGGGGAACGCAGCGCGUUAGACUUGGAGCGAGAGGGGACAUCUGGAGAUAACCCGCAAGGAAGUGAUGUCAUAAUGGCGGAGAACCCGGAGGGUACAGCAGGUGACACCACUGACUCCAGAGGGGAGAUGAAAGAAUGUGCUGAUGAGAAGCACCAAACUGAACAGCGUCUGUCUGAGGGUGUUUCUGAGGGUGUUUCAGGUGAGCCCGGUGAUGGCUGCGUGGCCGCAGGGAAUCCCAGCGAAGGUGCGGGAAAGGAAGAAACGCUGGAGGAGCUGCCUGCGGCCCUGGCGGUGGUGAGCAAACCUGAGGAGAGCCGGAUGGAUGAGGCAGAAAGCAGCUGGGAUGAUAUAGAAGCUGAGAGUAAUGUAGGAGAAAGUUGCAUGAUUCAAGACAAAGAGAUAAAGGAGGAAUUGGUGGAAACGGAAAUUGCAGUGCCUGAAAACGUGGCCUUGGACAAGGAAGAGGCAGUGGAAGUUACCAGCGUGGAUUCGCCUGAAAAGCCGGCAGGUGGCGAUUCUUCGGCGUCGGUUACGGACAGCCCUAACGGCAUGCAGGCUCGCUGCAUGUGGUCUCCUUCGGCUUCUCCAUCCACGAGUAUUUUAAAGAGAGGUGUAAAAAGGUAUCAAGAUGAUGAUUCCCUGUCACCUGCUAAUAAGAUCCGUCGAGUCUCUUUCGCAAAUCCAAUUUAUCAAGAAGGACUGGCAGAUGACAUAGACAGGAGGAGUCCUGUCGUUAGAUCCCACUUUUCUUCACCGUCUUCCCGAAGCCUUAAAAUUCUGUCUAACCCUCAGGCUAAGCAUAUUACCACUCCAACCAAAGGAUUUCUGUCCCCAGGACCUCGUAACCCUAAAUUUAAGAGCUCAAAGAAGUGUUUAAUUAAGGAAAUGGUGAAGGAAUCGCUGCCUUGCCCUGCGGAGUGCGUGUAUCCUGCCUUAGCUGGCUGCAAAGCGCCGGUGGAUGUCAUUUUACCUCAGAUUACAUCAAACAUAUGCGCCAGAGGCUUGGGGCAGCUCAUCCGAGCGAAGAACAUAAAGACGGUGGGUGACCUGAGUGCUUUGACGGCGUCGGAAAUCAAAACUCUGCCCAUCCGCUCUCCGAAAAUUUCCAAUGUUAAAAAAGCUCUUAGAGCAUAUCAUGAGCAACAGGUAAAAUCUCGAGGAUUUGAGGAAAUAGCAGUGCUUGAAGAUGCAGAAAAGCCCCUAAGUACCGUAGAGGAUAAACCUCUUGCUGCAGAUGAAGAAAAACUCGCAACAG